GAGGCUGUUUCGUUCUGCUGGAAGAAAGCUGUUUUGGAGAACGCAAUGCGCCCUGAUGAAGGUAUCUGCCUUGAUGUGAUCCGUGUGGCUGGAUUGUCUGGAGAUGUGAAGCUGGCUACAGAGGUGCUCCAGCAUCUUGGUGAAAACGGCUACACAUACAAGGAGUACUACUUUGCUCCUUUGAUGGAGGCAUUUAUGAACAAGGGAGAUCUCAAGAGCGCAUUUAGUGUGCUUGAUAUCAUGCGUGCUUCUGGAAUUACACCCUCUGCUCAAGCCACACUGCCAAUCCGUAACCACUUGAGAAACCAGAUUGAUAAGAUUGAUGAGGCCUACUUUAUUUUGGAACAGUUGAAGAAGGAGGACAAAUCUGUGGAUGUUACAGCUUUCAAUGUGGUCUUGGAAGCGUGUGCUGAUGCCAAGGAUGUAGAGCGUACUGUUGCUACUUACCGUGAAGCUGCUUCUCUGGGCGUGACACCUAAUGUUGAUACCUACAAUGCUGUUCUAAUUGCCUGCAUAAACACAAGAAUGCGGGAUAUGGGCAAGCUUGUGAUUGUUGAGAUGAAGAAGGCUGGUAUUACACCCAAUACCGAUACAUACACCCACAUGAUUUCGCUUGAAUGCACCAGUCGCGAAUAUGAGAACGCAUUCAAUUACCUCGAGGAGAUGAAGAGUUAUGGUGCAAUUCCUCCUCAGAUGGCUUAUGUUGCAUUGCUUAGAAGACUGGCACAAGAAGCUGAUCCCCGUUAUUUGGUUGCUGCAGAGGAGAUGGAGACAUUUGGGUACAAGGUACCUUAUGCUAUCCAACAAAACUGGCUUAAAGCAAAAGAGCAAUGA